AUGACUUCGAAGAAAAUAAUACUCGUUGCCUUGAGUGGAUGCUCCUCUAGUGGUAAAACCACUAUAGCUAAACUCACAGCGAACUUAUUUAAGGAGGCCACAUUGAUCCAUGAAGAUGAUUUCUAUAAACAUGACAAGGACGUACCAGUAGAUACCAAAUAUAACAUUCAAAACUGGGACUCACCAGAAGCUUUGGAUUUCAAACUAUUUGGCGCAGAGUUAGAUUUAAUCAAACAAACAGGCAAAAUUGCAACCAAACUAAUUCAUAAUGACAACGUAGAUGAUCCCUUCACAAAGUUUUGUAUUGAUAAACAAGUUUGGAAUGAGCUAGGAGCUAUGUAUGACUCUAUUGAUCAUGACAAGUAUCAAGUUGUUAUUGUAGAUGGAUUUAUGAUUUUCAAUAAUACUGAAAUAUCUAGAAAAUUCGAUUUGAAAAUUUUAGUGCGUGCCCCCUAUGAAGUAUUGAAAAAAAGAAGGUCCUCCAGAAAGGGAUAUCAAACGUUGGAUUCCUUCUGGGUGGAUCCACCGUAUUAUUUCGACGAAUUUGUGUAUAAGUCUUAUCGAGAAAGCCACGCCCAAUUGUUUGUUAAUGGAGAUGUAGAGGGUAAUUUGGAUCCAGUAAAGGCCAAGCAUAUUAAAGAGUUUAUAAAUAACGACAACACACCGAUUGAAAGCCCUUUAAAAUCGGUGUGCUAUGAAAUUUUAAAGCUUUGUAAGGACUAG